ACCCAAAAGCAAAGAAAAAGAAAGAGGAAAUAAUAGGAACAGUAGCGGCGUCCAUGGUCAUCCCUUCCGUCUCCGCGGUGGCCGGCGCCGUGCCGCCGCCUCCCGCGAAAACAAAACCCGUGACCCUAGCUACAGCACCACCUCUGACGGCCACUAGAAGGCACCUCCUCCUGGCCUCCGCCGCAUCCGCACUCCCCACGGCCGCCGCCUCCGCCGCGGCCUCUCGAUUCACCGAGAUCCCUAGCUCCGGCGGCGUGAAGGCCCUAGAGCUGCGGGAGGGUUCCGGCGAGGUCCCAGUCGACGGAGACCAGGUUGCAAUCCACUACUAUGGAAGGCUGGCUGCGAAGCAAGGCUGGCGCUUCGACUCAACCUAUGAUCACAAGGACGCGACCGGUGAUCCGAUACCUUUUGUCUUUACCAUCGGGUCUGGAAAGGUUAUACCUGGUAUUGAAGCAGCAGUGAAGUCCAUGAGAGUCGGUGGUCUUCGCCGUGUUGUCAUUCCGCCAACACAGGGAUACCAAAACACAUCACAGGAACCAAUUCCUCCUAAUUUCUUUGAUCGGCAGAGAUUAUUUACUACUAUAUUCAAUCCGACGCGCCUCGCAAAUGGCGAGGGUUCAACCCUUGGAACUGUCAUCUUCGACAUCGAGCUAAUCAGCAUAAGGCAGCACACAUAACUGUCGUUCUUUGCCAAUGCUGCAGGCCAAUCACCGCUCUAAUUGAAAUCUUUUGGUACCGUACACUUUUGUAUCAAAGAGACUCUGAGCUAGAACCUGCUCGUGCUUCUGGUCAAUCCCUCUGCAAACCUGAAUUGUACAGAUACAAAUUGUGCGUAUAUAAGAAAGAAAAAAGUGGUACAUAGUGAUCAAGUGAAUUAUUUUGCUUUGAA